CGCAAUGCUGGAAGGAGUUGAUAGACACAGAGGUUGCGCUGCUCGGAAGAGACCGAGCCCCAGGGCGACUGUGCCCUCUGGGCGGUUGUGAGGCUAUGCAGGCUGCGGCUUCUGCUCUCUUUCCUUUCUUUCCCUGACUUGCUGGGUCCCGGCUCUGAGGCGUGCACACCGCCUUUUCUGCACAGUUUGGUACCUGUGGGGAACCAAGUGGCAAAGUUUCCCGGGUGGUUUUGUUUUUAUUACAACUUUUUUCUUACAUACGACGGCCAAGGGCCUUGCUGCCCUCACCAUUACUCAGCACUGCUGUGGGGCACGGGAAGGAAAGUCGCUCCUGCGCCGCCUGCGGGCUCCCGCCGGAAGGUCGCCAGUGGAAGCGCCUGGGAGCGCGCCCUUCCGCCAGGCGCUUCCGGGCGGGUGCUGCGAGGCGGCCGCGGGCGUGUGGCGAGGCUCCCUUUGUGGCGGCUGAGGCACGGUGGUCCGCGCGUGCUCCAGUGUAGUUUGGGCCCUCGCACCACGUCUCGAGCCUCGGCACUAUUGUUCAGCCUGCAAUUGCCGCGGAUGGGGGCUUAUUCUCGUCGCUACGCCUUUAAAAGGCAACUCAUCCCCUCCUCCUGGCGUCUCAGGCACUGGCGGGGCUAUAACUCAUGGCUGGGCGGCCCUGCGUGGGUCGCUGUGGGCAUUUUCUGUGGAAAUAGCUUUGAUCCCAGCCGUCAGGCACAGACACGCCCCGGUUUGUUUUCGUUCGGGCAUGUGACCAGGCGGGAGGGUCUCCCGCGGAGUUUCGCUGAGAAUUUUGGAAAUGAAGCACUAUGUAGGGGUAGAGAGGCCGAGCUGAAAGGAGCACGGGCGCCGGCCUCAGCCUGUGGGGAGCCGGGCCCGCUCGCCUCCCUGCGCCUGGCUAACCCGAGCCUGGAACUCGGGAAGCCCAGGAGCGAAGCGAAAGCCCCUUUUGGCCUUUCAGGGCUCCACUCCCGCAGCAGCCCGGCUCCGUCGGAGUCAGUGGAGCCCCAGGCCUGGGUCCGAGUUGAGCGAGACGCUGCCCUGGCUCGCGAUUGCCCAGGCGCUCCCAAAACCAGGGAACAGUCCCCAGGAGAGAAGCCUGAAGUUUCCUGGAGCAGGGAAUCUCCAAGAUCCUGUUCUGCAAAGGAAUCUGGACUUUAUUCUGAGGGCCGUGGAGAACCCCUGCAAAGUUUUUUAAAAGGUGGACUAAGAUUGGCAUUUCACAACAUGACUCUUCAAAUUGAAACACUAAGAAGAUUGGCGAAACUUAACAUUUACAGAUUAGUAAUUUAACCCAGGUGACCCGCCAUGAGGGACAUGGCUACCCUUCAUUUUUGGAGGGAAUUUUAAGUGAUACAGAUCUUUUUGCCAAGCAAUUUUUUUUUUUUUUGAGAUGGAUUCUCACUCUGUCGCCCAGGCUGGAGUGCAAUGAUGUGGUCUCGGCU